AUGGCGUCUGAAUUACUUAUUAUCAUUAUCUUUUUCCAUCUUCAGAUCGCCGUCGUCCUGUUCGUGGCUCUCGCUGCCCCCUUGUGCCUGGCAGCCCCCCAGGGGUACAACUACGCUACUCCCGCUCCUGCCCCUGCCACUGCCCCUGCCCCCGGCCCCGCCCCUGCCCCUGCCCCUGCCCCCGCCCCUGCCCCCGCACCCUACAACUACGCGUACAGCGUGGGCGCCGUGGACGGCCUGGGCCAGCCCGUCCAGUUCGGCCACCAGGAAGGGCGCGAGGGCGCCACGACCGCCGGCAGGUACUUCGUGCUGCUGCCGGACGGCCGCCUCAUGACCGUCGACUACUACGCCGACCAGACGGGCUUCCACCCCACCUACUUCUUCCAGGCCGCCCUCCCCGCGGCCUCCGCCGGGGGCCAGGCCACCCUCGCCGCCCCCUCCGGCCUCUACGCCGCCCCCGGGGGCAGGUAG